AUGAUGCAGAACAUUCUUCUUUCAAGUCCUCAUAGUGAAGCAGUUCUUAAGAUUGCUGAUUUUGGCCUCUCUAGAAUUAUAUGUCCGAAUGACCAGGUUGAAACAGUUUGUGGGUCUCCCCUGUACAUGGCUCCAGAGAUUCUGCAAUUUGAACAAUACAAUGAGAAGGUUGAUAUGUGGAGUGUUGGGGUGAUCCUUUUUGAACUUCUUCAUGGAUACCCGCCAUUUCAUGGAAGAAGUAAUGUUCAGAUUCUGCAGAAUAUCCAGUCUUGUAAAUGCUUGCCAUUUUCUGAGUUCAUCCUUCCGCAUUUGCACUCUGAUUGUAUAGAUAUGUGCUCCAGACUAUUGUCUAUUAAUCCAGGAAACCGUUUGUCUUUUGACGAGUUUUUUCAGCAUAGGUUCUUGAAAUUAUAA